ACUGCUGGUACUUGCGGUCAAAGUAAGCUCACAAUGGAUGAACUACGUCCGAAUUUGGUUGGCGGAUUGUUGGGUUUGCAACAAGGAUUGCUGGAUGACCACGCAGCUAACAUGCAGCACGCUGGUGUAUCGCAGGAUACAAAAUUCAUGUCAUUUCAAGAUAACCGUUUAAUGGGUAUUUCUUCUUCGCAUGAGAACCGCCUGCUUGGUCUAACCUCAUCAAUGCAAGACACCCGUUCCCCGCUAUCAUCAAUUGAUAAAAGUUCGCUUAAUCACCAACGCAAAUGCAGUAGUACACCCGAGGACUUUAGCUCCUUGUACUCUGGACUGCCCACGCCGGGCAUGGAUACAUCUUCACAUCAUCAUACACCCGCGCAUACGCCACCAACGAGGCUUUCUGACCAUUCGAUAUCCGCGGAAGGUGCAUUUAAAAAGCUGAAGCCAGAACCUAAUACGGGCCUCUCGUCGGUUUCCGGCGGUGUAACAUCGCCCGGAAAUGGGUUAUCUUCGUUAAGUCAACAUGCCGGCCAUACACCAACCACAGCAUCCUGUCCAACUCCUGCGAGACGAAGACAUCGGACAACGUUUACACAGGAGCAACUUGCUGAGUUGGAGGCAGCAUUCGCGAAAUCUCAUUACCCAGACAUCUACUGCAGAGAGGAGUUGGCCCGAACGACGAAACUCAAUGAGGCACGAAUACAAGUUUGGUUCCAAAAUCGUCGUGCCAAAUAUCGAAAACAGGAAAAGCAGUUGCAGAAAGCUUUGGCUCCAUCUGUGAUCCCCUCAUGUAAUGGAAUGAUGAGAAAUAUUCAAGGGUAUAGCGUAUCUCGUGGUUAUCAGCCUUACCCACAUCAUAACUCGAUAAAUCGAUAUCCACAGGAUCUUUUUCAAAUGGGUGCAUCCUCUUAUCCCAGCAUGACACAGCCAUUCUCAAUGACACAUGGCACAAACAUGGGCUCUGUAGGUGUGCGGCAAGAUUCAAUGGGAAUGUCACCGGAGGACGAAUGGUACAACAAAAGCUUAUCUGCCUUGCGCAUGAACAGUUCACAUCACCCGAAUUUGUCAGCGCCGAUGUUGCAAUAUCAAACAUAAUCGAAAACCUUUGACGACUUCUUUUAAAAUACAAAUGUUGGGAUGGAGACACCACAGCGAAAUCCAAUGUGUGUAUUUUAAAGGGGCGCCGUCAAGUGAUUAAUUGCUCUGUAGAUAGUAAUAACUUGAUAAUUACAAUAAUUAAUACAAGUCGUUGGCCACAUUUAUGGAAAGCUCACAAUGACAUAUAUAAAAUGGCCAA